AUGAAAUUAGUCAUAGGUGGUAUGGGAAUCGGAAUACUAAUUACAAUUGCUAUUCUUGCUCUUGCAAUAGCUACGUUAGUCAAGGUUAACAACGGAUCAAAUAAUAGAUCAACGUCUACAUCGAAUUCACUUGAUUCAGUUUUAGCCGAAUCAAUUCGCAUUGAUGAUGUAAUGAACCAUCUCAAAGAAUUACAACGCAUAGCUACUGCUAACAAUGGAAAUCGAGCUGUUACCACAAUUGGUUUUAAUCAAACACUUGAUUAUAUUAUAAAAACACUGAACGUCAAUACUAACUAUAAGGUAUCCACACAAUUCUUUCCUAUACGGCAGUUUGCUCUUGAUGGCAUCCCAACUUUAAUUUCAUCAAUUAAUGGUGUCACCAAAAGUUACAAAUAUUCAACUAAUCUAACUGCUGCCGACUUCUAUCAUGUUCAAUUUUCGAUAGGGGCGAAUUUUCCUGAUUUUAUUCCUCUUACUGCUAUUCCCAAUGUUGGUUGCUUAGAUAAUGACUGGCAAAGUGUUAAUCCAUCACCAGCUGGAAGAGUAGCAUUAGUCAAAAGAGGAAUUUGUGCAUUUGAAGACAAGGGUAUUUUGGCUGCUAAAUAUAAUGUGUCUGCUAUUUUGAUCUACAAUGAUGGUGCAACACCUGAUCGUGUGUCACCUAUUUCUAUUGGUCUUGGUCAACAAAACAAAUUACCUGCUCUAUUUCUCUCAUCUAGUGUUGGUCAAGAACUUGCUAAUGCUGCUCAAGAUCCAUCAAACAAUGCAGGUGUUCAACUUGUUAUUCAAGUAGAAGACUUACCAUUAUCACCUAUAGGAAAUAUCUGUGCUGAUACACCAACAGGUGAUGUUACUCAAACAAUUAUUAUUGGUAGUCAUAGUGAUGGUGUACCUGCUGGUCCAGGCAUUAACGAUAACGGUAGUGGUAGUGCAGCUAAUCUUGGUUUAGCUAUUAGCCUUGCUCGUCUUUUUCAAACAUCUACUUACGAAAAAUAUAAAUAUCGAGUUCGAUUUUGUUGGUGGGGUGCUGAAGAAAUUGGUCUACUUGGUGCCGAUCAUCAUGUUAAGGAAGCCAAAAUUAAUACUACUGCUGGUGAACGUCUCAAUGAUUACUUGAUCAAUCUUAAUUAUGAUAUGCUUGGUUCACCGAAUUAUAUCUUUGGUAUUUAUGAUGGACGAUCAGCAAACAAUGACACACCAACUCAUGCUCUGCCAGGUAGUAACAAAAUUACAGCUUUAUAUCAACAAUGGUUUACUCAACAGAAGUUACCAUGGACUUAUACGGAUUUUAGUGGUCGAAGUGAUUAUGGUCCAUUUUUAGCUGAAGGAAUAGUCGCUGGUGGUUUAUUUUCCGGAGGAGACGAUAUAAAAUCAGCAGAACAACGUAAUUACUAUGAUGAAAUGCUUGGUCAAGGUAUGGGUGGUAUUGCCGGUGCUAUUCAUGAUCCCUGUUAUCAUCAAGCUUGUGAUUCAAUCCAAAAUAUCAAUGUAUUUGCAUUUGAAAAAAUGGUACAAGCAGCUGCUUAUGUUUUAGAAUAUUUAGCUCGACAAGAUGAUUUAAAAGGAUGGCUUUAUCCUGAUGGUAGACCAUCGGGUUUAAAAAACCAAUUAUUACAACGAAAGUAUAACUCUAUAAAUGAAUAUUUUCGUAUGCCUUAUUUAUGA